AUGAGCACUCACGGCGACAAGCCGCCCCCGCUUCCAUCUCGUCCAGCUGAACUGAGCGGCACAGAAGCGGCUCUACGAUUCACUGGUCUCCCGUCAUGGCUCAGGAAACGUCCCAAACUUCCAUCUCGUAACUGGCUUAUUUUCAUCGGUGUCACUUCUUCACUUUUUGGGCUCUACGUCUACGACCGCAAAAAAUGUAGGGACAUCCGGGAAGAGUACAUCCGACGAGUCUCGCACAUCUCCCAACAACCGAUGGGGAGCAUGGAGCUCCCGCGCAAGGUGAUAGUGUACGGUUGCAAAUGGCCAGGUGACGAGGACUAUAAUGCGAGUUUAAAGUACUUCCGGAAGUAUGUCAAGCCCAUACUGGUUGCUGCAGCCAUAGACUACGAUGUGGAGAAUGGUCGACGUCACGGAGACCUUGCCAGGCAAAUAUCGGAAAAAAUAAAAUCAAAACGUCGAAUAGACGAAGGCAUGGAAGCUCCAAAACCCCAACAUCCUGCCGCCAUCAGCAUGUCAAAGGAGGAAGCUGCACUGCGAGAGCUGGCAGGCGGCUCAAUCAUUAUCGGCCGAAUGACCUUCAAGGAGUACAUGGAAGGAUUGAAACGAGGAUGGACUGAAUCACCUGAACGGAUCGAUCGAGAAGACAAACUUGCCCAUGAACUAUCAGCAGACGGAUAUUUCGAUGAGCCUGAGGUCGUAGACCCUUCAGCUGGUCUUACUGGUGAACCGAUCCCAACGAAGUCGCGUCUCAUCCCAACCUCGAAUGCUGCCGCUCAGGCCUUUUCACCGUACAAAUUACCUUCGUCUACACCUACGCAAUCGUCCGCUUCGUCAACUUCGAUUUCAAAACCUAUCCCACCACCGGACAUGAUUCCCCCUCAACCUCCUCUCCUACUCGUACCAUUCACCAAUCGUAUUGGCUUCAAACAAAUACCACUUAUGAUGGUUGACUUCUUCAACCAACGUGCCAAAGUUGCUGCUGGCGCCGAAGCCGCUCACAAACUCGUUGUGGGCCAGACACGACCCAUAUCUGCCCCGCCUCCCACUCCAGAGGCCGCACCACUUUUCUCGCCAGACGAGCGAAGACCCGAAACCGAUCUUGAUUUCGACCGCUUCGGCGAAUCGUACUACAGAGGCUCGCUUUCUUCCUACCUACAAGACAUUGCAAAAGCUCGUGACGAGUACCACAAGGCACUCCCUGACCGUUUGGCGACGGCUCGAGCGCUUGCAAGAGGCGAAAGAGAGCCGACGAAAGACGAGCUAAGCCAUCCACCACCGACCGAGGUUGAGCUUCGAGAGGAGCGAUUGAGGAAAGAGAUGCGAUGGAGGGAUAAUGAAGAAGGGUGGGAAAUAGUUCGUCCAGAGAAAGAUGUUACUUGGGACGAACGAUUUAGAAAUGCAUUGACCACAUUCACGGACCCUCCUCCAGAAGCCACUAGUGAUCAUUCUAGCUAACAUACACUGUCUUGCUUUAAUUUUAUGUAAUCGCAAUACCAGACAUCCC